AUAUUGCUAAAGUUUAGAAGUUAUCAAUAAACAUAUUACGAAACAAUAUUAUGUUGGUCCAUGCAAUUAAUUGAAAGAGAAAGUAUAACACUGGAAUUCGCUGCACCCCACAACUAUUAACAAGUAUUUAACAUUGAAACGACCGCAAUUUGAUUAUGAAAACAUACACUGGUUUAAUCAUAACUUUUCGGAAUUUUCACUGCACAAGUAAAAUGACAGCGCAAUCAUGCGACGUGAGCAAUUUCGUUGAUAACGGAAGAAAAAUUUUAGGUGCUGCCUUGAAUUAUAUGGAUAUAGUUCGUUCCCGCAAUGUACCUGUACCGGAAGAACCACUACUCUUUUUUAAACCCACGUCAUCAUAUAUAAAAGAAGGACAAAAUAUUAUAAUACCCAAAGUAUUUACUAAAGUAGCUCACGAAGUAGAACUAGGCGUUAUAAUUGGCAAGAAGUGCAAAAAUGUUUCAAAGGAAGAUGCUAUGAACUAUGUUGGUGGAUAUUGUUUAGCUUUGGAUAUGACUGCUCAAUGCAACUUAGCUGACGCUCGCGCUAAAGGUCAUCCUUGGGCCUUAGGCAAAGGAUUUGAUACAGCAACACCUGUAUCUGGCUUUAUUGAAACUUGUGCUUUAGAAGACCCACAUAACAUACAGCUGUGGUUGAAAGUUAAUGGCAAUACACGUCAAUGUGAAAACACUUCCGAAAUGAUAUUCAAAGUACCAGAUCUAAUUUCAUAUGCAUCGAAAUAUAUGACUUUGGAACCAAAUGAUUUAAUACUAACCGGUACACCAGGUGGUGCAGAACCAUUAACUAGUGGUGAUGUUAUCGAAUGUGGUAUGGGUGACACUAUUGCUAUGAAAUUUAACGUGUGUGCAGAAUAAAUUUACUGUAUUGAAUUCGUGUCUGUUAUAAUCCAUCAAAAAUAUAUUUUGUAUAAAUCUUAACGUUUUGUGAAAUAUAAAAAAAAACCAUGUAAAUAAA